AUGGCACCGAAAGAGCUACGUGAUAAUGUCUCCCGAGUCAAGAAGUCUUCCCCCGUGGGCAAAGGCUUGUUUGUGUGUCUCCGUAUGGCAGAUGUGCUGUGGCAACACAACUUGUUAUAUCGGGGCUGGGGUACACGUCUGAUUGAGAAGCUCGGCGGCCAUCCUGUGCAUUCAUCGCAACUACUUUACCCUGCAGCGAUCUCCGGCCUACAACCCUAUUAUGUGGUGGUCAAUUUUCUAGCUCUGGGUAGCAGCCUUAAGCAGGUAGUGCACAUUGUCUUUGUCUCCGAACAAGCUAUGGACGUGGGCUCUGGCAUCGCUGUUGCCUGCUUUAAUACCGUUUUCAACACUGUGAACACCCUCCUGUCGCUCUGGACGUUGACCUCCUCGGCUGCAUCCGUUCCAAAAUCGAACAGCCUGCUUGAUACACUGUCAGUUCCUUUGAUUGCUGUCGGAGUUGGGGCGUACUCUCUUGGCCUGCUAGUUGAAGCGAUAUCGGAAUUCCAGCGCAAGACGUUCAAACAGGACCCUAAGAACCAAGGAAAGCCCUACGGCGGUGGCCUCUUCUCACUCGCCACUAACAUCAAUUAUGGAGCCUACACAAUCUGGCGAACUGGAUAUGCUUUGACUUGCGGUGGCCUUGCCUUCGGUGCAAUGACCUUCGCCUUCUUCUUUCACGAUUUCGCCUCUCGUGGCGUCCCUGUGUUGGAUCAGUACAUGAGCGAGAGAUACGGUGGUGCCUAUCGAGAGAUCAAAAACCGUGUUCGGUACUCUUUGAUCCCGGGCAUCUAUUAA